AUGGAUUUAAUCAAUGAAAUCAAAUAUAUUUCAUUACAAAUUUCUUAUAUUUUCUCAAUAAUUUUUUGUAUAUUCACCUUAUUUCAUUUAUUAUCGAAUUCAAAUCUUCGUUCAACUCUUCAUAAUCAUGUUCCAUUAAUUUUAUUACUCAUUUCUCUAUUUGAUUUAUGUUUUAAUCAUCCAUUUACUUUGAAUUACCUUCGUACAGGUCAUGUUCAACCAUCAACAAAUAUUUUAUGUCUUUUCUGGAAUUUUAUCAAUUCAACUUUAACAAUUUCAACAUAUUUAACAAUGUCCUGGGCUUCAAUCGAACGUCAUAUUUUCAUAUUUCAUUCUCAAAUAUUCACUCAUCGUUUCCAUCGACUUCUCUUUCAUUAUUUUCCACUUUUUCUCUUCGCAUUUCUUUAUCCAAUUCUCUUUAAUUUCUUCAUAACAUUUGUUUAUCCAUGUGAAAAUCACUUUAACAUGUUCGCAUUAUUCUGUGCAUAUCCAUGUGCAUUAAAAGUUCCAUCUCUCGCUCUCUAUGCUCGAAUCGCACAUAACUUUCUUCCAACAUUCGUUGUCGUUACUUUUACAAUUAGUUUACUUCUUCGUGUCAUUCUCCAGAAACGACAAGUUCAACAAAAUCUCUUUCGAUGGCGAAAAUGUCGUCAGAUGAUUCUUCAAUUAAUGUCAAUUGCGAUUCUUUUUCUUGUUUUAACUUUACCAACGACUCUUGUGAGUAUUGUACAAAAUUGUUGUUUAUCAACAUUUGCUGCUGCGAUUCAAGUCAAUUAUCUGAAUUUUAUGGUACGAUUUCUCAAUAUUCUUAUGCCGUUUGUUUGUCUUAGUUUACUCCCGGAGAUUUGGUCGAAAUUAUUAUUUUGGAAAAGACAAAGAAUUCAGAUUGUUCCGAUUCGAACAAGGACUAAUAAUACUUAA